AUGGAUCAGUAUACUCCUGGCACUGUUGUGUAUGCUAAACUUAAAGGUUAUCCUUGGUGGCCUGCACGUAUCGAAGUAGAGUCAAGUUUACCGUCGAUGGUAGUUACCAAAAAACCAAAAGGCCCUAGACCAGUUUGGGGCGUAAGAUUCUUUGGGUCGAGGGACUAUGGCUGGUUUGGCAAAACUGAUUUGAAACCUUUUGACAAUAAUGCGGCGUUAGAACUUCUCGAAAAAAUAAAAGGCAAAAAACGGGAUAGGCUUCUUGAAAAAGCUGUUCGAGAAGCACUCAACCCCAGUUCCCUUGAUGAACCGGAAAAAAAGGAUGAUGAAAAAGAUGAUGAUACUGAGAAAGGGUCACCUGUAGACCACGCGAAUGAAGGAGAAACUCAUAAAACAACGCCUGAUAAAUCAUCCGAAAAUAAUGGCAUCAACACAAAUACUUCAAAAAAAUCAAGUUCUCGCGAUAAAUCACGUAGAAAUCCACAAAAGCAAGAGAAAGUUGCAGGUGAACGAAGAAAGUCCACGAGUUCAAAAUCUUCAAGGUCGAGAUCUAAAACUACCGCGAUUUCUGAUGCUGCUCGUCCAUCUGAAGAAGGGGGAACGAUAAAAAGUGGUAGAAAACGCUCGUCUAAUAAUGAAGAGGCGGCUGACGAUGAUGAGGAUGUUGAGAAAUCGAAAAAACAUAAUCGAAGUAAACAGCGGAAGAUUGAUUAUACGGAUGAAGAGGAUGAAAUGAACAUUGAUGAAGCCAAAACGGAAACCCCUCCAAAAGACACUUCUCGAAGUGAAGGCUCGGGGUCAUCCAAUAAUUCCGACUUAGGUUCAGCUACAGCUGAUGGAGACGACGAACGACUUGCUAAAAACAACGAUGUCUCGCAUGAAAAGUCAAAACGAGAUAAUGACGCGAAUACUGCUAAAGUUAGGCCUGUUAAGGCAGAAACUCCAAGUGCUAAACUGUUGCAUCUCCGACAUAAACUCCAAAAAUUAACACUCAAAGAACAUAUUGAGGAUAUGGGAAAAAUUGAUGCCCUCUUUACCGAAGUUGAAAAAUUCGAUAUAAAUAUUGAAUUGCUCAAGGAAAGCAAAAUAGGAAAACUUAUGAAAAAAAUCCAUUCGCUUCAUUUGGAGGAUGACCGUCACAACAUUAAAUAUCGAAGCGGAGAAUUAAUAAAAAAAUGGAAGAUCUUAUUAACAAGUUUGCCACCCGCGACGACAGCAUCAGCAAACUCGGUUUCGAAUGUAACCGUGGAAAACACGACUAAUAAUUCAUCAUCAACAACACACAAAACUAAUGAUGAAUCACCCCAAAUAGCUUUCGAAAUAAAUAAGGAGCAACAAUCAAUAGAACCACUGUCUACGUCAAUAGACGAAGAAACGUUCAGAACAUCAACCACUCUUGAGAAUAACAUUACUGAAGUUAAUCAAGAUGACCAGCCAAUGGAAGAUAGCGAACAUAAUGGCAAGAAUGGAGUUGAACCAAUGGAAGACGUCGUUUUGUCUGUUAGCACGACUAAUAAUGACGAAAAGCCUUAA